AUGGCUGCCUCAGAAGUGCAUGACCUGGUUGUUGUUGGCUCUGGUGGUGUCGGCAAGUCGUGUUUGACCGUUCGGUUUCUGAAAGACGAGUUUUCAAAUGACUAUGAUCCCACAAUUGAGGAAAACUAUCGGAAGAACAUCGACGUCGACAAACAGCCCUGCAUCGUGAACAUCAUUGAUACAGCCGGGCAGCAUGAGUACACAUCGUUACGCGACCAGCAUCUGGCUUCAGGAAAGGGCUUCCUGCUCGUAUUUGCGCUGGACGACCCCAUUUCCUUGGAUGAAGUUAAGGUGCUGAGAGAAAAGAUCAUCAAGCUGAAGGAUACCAAGCGUGUGCCGCUGGUCGUCUGCGGGAACAAAUGCGAUCUACCCCCCGACCAGGUCACAGUCGAUCGUGCCGUAGCCACCGAGUUCUGCUCGCAAAACAAAAUACCCUAUCUGGAGACAUCGGCAAAGGACUCUAUCAAUGUAACAGAGUCGUUCCACAACCUGGUGCGAGAAUGCCGCAAGUUUGCUGCAAAAACAACCGGCGGCGGUGCAUCAGGCGGGACAAAGGCCAAGGGCGAUGUCAAGAAAGAAAAGAAAAAGGGGUGCACCAUGUUGUGA